AAUUGAAAAUCAAUACUAAUAAGCAUGGCAUCACAAAAGAUAUCAUCACAUACAUUUCAAUUUCGGGUUUUCUUUCAUUUUCAUUGUUUUUAAAUUUUUGUUAGUGAUCUUCAACAUCAGCACACAUUUUUCUGUUUACAUAUAUUUCUGUAGGAUUUCAAUCUGGCCGUCCCUCUUUUUCCAAUUGCAAACGGCAGACCUGCUGAACUUUGACAGUUGCUUGCAUUGUAUAAAUCUAAUAAAGCUUAUACAAUGGUUGCUUGAGUUUAGAAGGUUUUGACGUUUAGAAUUUGCUCUCUCAUUUCCAGUGAGAAACGAGGUGGGCAGGGAUAAUUAAUAAUUUAUCUCUGACGGAAAUAUAGGCUGUUGAAAAGGAAGAGUCAUCCCUAGUAAAUUGUAACUAACUCACUGAAUAAAAUUAAGAUUGUAAGAAGCAAAUAUGGGAUGUGAUGGUGGAACUAUACCGCGACGAGAUGAACUUGUACGCACUGCCAAAAAACCAGAGCAGAAAGAUAAAGAUGCUGAACGCGAAUUUCGCUGGCUACAUUGCGCACUUACUCAAGAACAUCUACAGGAGCCAAUUGUAAUGUGCGGGUUUGGACGCUUGUAUUCUAAACAAAGCAUCAUUGAGCAAUUGCUAGAAAAAGAAAAGAAGCCCGAAUCUAUUAAACAUAUUCGUACCUUGAAAGAUAUCAAAACACUUAAGCUAACAUCGAACCCGUCAUACACAACAGAAGAUAAAACAGAAGGUUUAUUAGAUACUCGCCAUGCUCCUUACAUAUGCAAGUUGAUAGGCCUUGAAAUGUCAGGAAAAUUUCGAUUUGUAGCUUUAUGGUCUUGUGGAUGUGUAAUAUCGGAGCGUGCUCUUAAACAAAUUAAACGAAAUGACAGUGGAGGCAGUACAUGCCCUCUCUGUUUGGAACCUUUCAGUGUUGAAGAUGUGGUUGUUCUGAAUGGGUCCGAAGAAGAUUUGGAAUUAAUGCAAGCAAAAAUGGAAAUACGUAAUAUAAAAAGAAAAUCCAGCAAAAAAGAUAAAAAGGGCCAGGAUGGAGUAAGAAAUGUUGGUAAAUUAUCUAUUCAGAAAACUUUUACCGAAGAAAAAAAACAAGAUUUUGAAAAAGGAGAGAAAUGCAAAAAAACAGAAGAUCAAAACGACAAUACUCCCUCCACAAGCCAAUCUUCAACGAUUGGGCCAAAUAAGCUGAUUUCAAACCUAAAGCGUUCGGUUGUGUCUGAAAAUGUAUUAGAAGAUCCCGAAUUGAAACGUUUAAGGAAUAACUAUAGUGUUGCAAAAGAUCCAAAGGCCAGCGAUGUAUAUAAAUCUCUGUUUACUACACAUAAAAGCGAAAAGGAACAAUCGCGAGCUCAUUGGGUCACAUACAAUCCAUUCUACAAUUAGUUGUUAAAAUCGAAGAAGUAUAGUUUUGUGUUAACAUAUUCAAGAAUUUAAUAAAUUCCGUAUAUACUUAACAAUUUUAUUUUUUCGAACCAUGCUAAGUUUACAAUUUAAUAUUCACAAUAAAACAUAAGCAAUACUGAAAA